GCGGCGCAGCAGCGCUAUACCCAAUUAGGAUGCGCCGUAUCAUACGCCAUAGAGAUGCUUGACGUAGUUUACAAGCGAGCUGGUAGCCCCACCACCAACCUUCUACACCCUUUGCAGCUAUGUCCACAAGCGCACAUAUGGAUGAUAGCGACGGCCGUGAGAGACAUCAGAUGGAACACAGCAAGAUCGACGUGGAAGGGUACAACGAGGGUAGUCCUACGAGGACACCAUUGGCUACAAGCCGCGCACAGAGCCCCUAUACCCCUCACCCCACAAUCGACUUUGAUGGCUUGAGUUGGCCAAGUCGAGGAACACUCCAGAGGAGGGAGGCGACCGAGAAGGAAAUGGAAGAACGCCUGGCCAAGCUGUCAGGCGCCGUAAGGACGAUCCUGGAAUGCGUGGGCGAGGAUCCCGACCGAGAAGGCCUGCUUAAUACCCCAGAGCGCUAUGCGAAGGCCAUGCUCUUCUUCACAAAGGGCUACGAAGACGACCUGCGCGCCAUCGUGAACGGCGCUAUAUUUCACGAAGACCAUGAUGAGAUGGUAAUUGUGAAAGACAUUGACUUCUUUUCGCUUUGCGAGCACCAUCUCGUGCCAUUUUCUGGAAAGAUGCAUAUCGGAUACAUCCCCAACCGCCGAGUAAUUGGUCUCUCUAAGAUCGUUAGGAUAGUCGAAAUGUUCUCGCGUCGACUUCAAGUCCAGGAACGGCUCACAAAGCAGGUCGCUCUGGGCCUCUCCGAAUUGCUCCAGCCGCAAGGCGUCUCCGUCGUUGUAGAGUCUAGCCAUCUCUGUAUGGUGAUGCGUGGGGUGCAGAAGACUGGAGCAAUUACCACCACUAGUUGCAUGCUCGGCCGCUUGCGGUCGACCGCUAAAACGAGGGAAGAAUUUCUGAAUCUUAUUAGCCGAAAGUAAACUAGAUCUAGCCCUGCCGAGGACGAGGACGCAGAUGAAGACACAACGGAAUACAAGCCUCAUGCUAUGGGCUCUGAUCCGAGGUUCAACAGAGGCGAUAUGCGCUUCCGCCAACGAACGCGUGUGCCGUGGUUGGAUUCGGACGACUUGCGGCUACUCACGUACAGGAAUAACAUGGCCAUGGAGUGGAAGGAUAUAUUUGAACUCUUCCCGGAUCGGACCAGCUACGAGAACAGGUUCUUGGCCCUCAACAUCCAUACGCAAAAUCAUCGGUUAGGACUCUGAAUCAGUGGCAGCUAGAGAACAUGGACAUCGGAGUUUAAAGAGACUCCAAUUUGUAUUGCACUCUCGUAACCGUUAUCAGGGCAUCCUAAAAGAGAUCAUGAAGUAAAUAGAGCUAGCAGAGACCCUAGUAA